AGAGAUCUGAGACAAAACGGGAAGCAAAUCUUCAUCUCUUUAUGUCUCGAACUCCGAACUAUGAGUUUCAGGAAUGGUGGAACAUGCAGCGGGAGAAGAACCAGGUGCUCUUUUCCAACGAAGCCUCUCCUAACGGUUUUCUCACCGUCCAGAUCGGGAGCACCGUCCCGGAUAGGACGGCUGAAAAGGAUCGCGCGCGGAGUGCGCGCCAGCUGUCGUGGCUUUGGCUGUUGAAAUUCCAGCAACUCGCCAGUUCCCUUGCGUGGAUCACGAGCUCGUCCAUUCUCCUUCUACGUACCGCUAAUCGCCGAAUCGCGUCUCCCGAUUCGCCUUCAGAUUCUUCCGCCUCUAGGCUGUACCGGAUAAUUAAGUUCUUUUUGGUUUUGGUGAUUCUGUUACUCUGCGUGGAAUUACUUGCGUAUUUCAAGGGAUGGCAUUUCAGUCCGCCUUCGGCGGAGUCCGCGGAGAUGGCGGUGGAGCUUGUUUACGCAAAGUGGCUUCAAAUCAGGGCGGGUUACUUGGCGCCGCCAUUGCAGACCUUGAUCAAUGUGUGUAUAGUGCUGUUUCUGAUUCAAUCGGUGGAUCGCGUGGUGCUCAUGCUGGGAUGCUUCUGGAUCAAGCUUCGGAGAUUAAAACCAUCUGCUCCUCUGGAAUAUCCUGAGGGGCCAGUAGAGGGGGAGAAUCUAGAGGAUUAUCCCAUGGUGCUUGUGCAGAUUCCCAUGUGCAAUGAAAGGGAGGUUUACCAACAAUCGAUUGCAGUAGUUUGUAUUUUGGACUGGCCUAAGGAGAGAAUGCUUGUACAGGUUCUGGAUGACUCUGAUGAGUUAGAUGUUCAGCUUCUUAUAAAGGCAGAAGUACAGAAAUGGCAACAAAGGGGUAUCCACAUAGUAUAUAGGCAUCGUCUUAUACGAACGGGCUAUAAGGCAGGGAAUUUGAAAUCUGCAAUGAGCUGUGAUUAUGUAAAAGAUUAUGAGUUUGUGGCAAUCUUUGAUGCUGAUUUUCAGCCAGCUCCAGAGUUUUUGAAGAAAACUAUUCCUUAUUUCAAGGGAAAUGAUGAUAUAGCAUUAGUCCAAGCAAGGUGGGCCUUUGUGAACAAAGAUGAGAACUUGCUUACCCGUUUGCAGAACAUAAACUUAUCCUUCCACUUUGAGGUUGAACAACAGGUCAAUGGUGUGUUUAUCAACUUCUUUGGUUUCAAUGGAACAGCUGGUGUCUGGAGGAUCAAAGCCCUUGAGGAGUGUGGUGGCUGGUUGGAACGAACAACUGUUGAGGACAUGGAUAUUGCUGUCCGUGCUCACCUCUGUGGAUGGAAAUUCAUAUAUUUGAAUGAUGUAAAGUGUAUUUGUGAACUUCCUGAGUCCUAUGAGGCAUACAAGAAACAGCAGCACCGCUGGCAUUCAGGUCCGAUGCAGUUGUUCCAAUUGUGCUUCUUUGACAUACUUCGCUCAAAGGUGAGUUUGCCAAAGAAAGCCAAUUUGAUAUUUUUGUUCUUUCUGCUACGGAAGCUUAUCCUGCCUUUUUACUCAUUCACUCUGUUCUGCAUCAUUCUUCCUUUGACGAUGUUCCUACCAGAAGCUCAGCUACCAACUUGGGUUGUUUGCUAUAUCCCUGGAUUCAUGUCUGUCUUGAAUAUUCUUCCAGCACCACGUUCAUUCCCUUUCAUAGUCCCCUACCUUCUAUUUGAGAAUACCAUGUCCGUUACCAAGUUCAAUGCUAUGAUAUCCGGAUUAUUUAGGUUUGGGAGCUCUUAUGAGUGGAUAGUAACGAAAAAGUUGGGAAGAUCUUCAGAGGCUGAUCUUGUUGCCUAUGAAGAGGAGUCGGAUGGCUUAGUCGAAAGUACUGCUCUCCCAAGGUCAUCCUCAGAAUCAGGCCUUGAGGAACUAAGCAAACUAGAGUUCAGCAAGAAAACCUCGAAAGCAAAGAGAAACCGUCUGUAUAGGAAAGAACUUGGUCUUGCAUUUAUUUUGUUAACUGCCUCAGUAAGAAGCUUGUUGUCAGCUCAAGGAAUUCACUUCUACUUUCUAUUAUUUCAAGGAAUCAGUUUCCUCAUAGUUGGUCUUGAUUUGAUUGGGGAACAAGUAAGUUGACCCAGAGAUGGUUUUUAAAAGCUCUUCGCCCCCCAGAUGUUACUCUCGACGGCAGGUCACUUGGGCAAAGAUUUUAUGUUGCCCUCGUCGAUCAUUCAUGCCUGCAGUUCAUACAUUUGUUCAUUGCAGGUUUAUAAGCUUAUUUAAGUAAGGCAGGAUAUCAAGUCCUUAUAGUUGUCAGGCUAUGCUUUUGAUUACCGUGAAGUUGUAUCAGACGGUUUUCAAAUGGGAAAUGGCCUUCAAUACUGAUGUUAGGGAGGUUGAGGUUUCUGUCCAUCUGAUUUCUUGUGUAAACAGUGUACACAUUGCUGGCCCCUCGUUCAGUGAAGCGGGCUUCAUUGAGAGUCAUUCUUUAAACUUUGUUAGAUUGUGUACGAUUGUGUGUAGUGUUCAACAUUAUAUCAGUUUUUAGAUUUAAUUGUUAUUCAUGAAUAUCGAAAUCGAAUAUUUUUCUUUGGAUAAGUUUAAAUCUUGUAUCUCUUCUUACACGAGGGAAAAUAAUAACGAAUUGUAAUAAAUAUGGUUCAAAUAA